UAAGGAGCCGAAAGUUCAAAAUGUGCACUUAUCUCUCACUGCGUUGGAAAGCUUUGUUUUUAGUUCGGAGUAAAUUUAAGAAAUGGAAGCGUUGCUUUUGUUGAGUCUUCUGUUUUUCUUGUAUGAUCCUGGAAUUUCUUUACCAACAUCGUUAAAAGGAGACACUUCUUCUCCAUGUGAUUCAAAUCCUUGCCAGAAUGAAGGAGUUUGUGUACCAUCUGAUGAAAAAUUUAUAUGCAUUUGUUCCUUACCAUUUUCUGGAACACACUGUGAAAAAGGUCCAUGCACGGAACACCCCUGUGAAAAUAACGGAACUUGUUCAUUAGAUCAGAAAGGAAAUCGUAUAUGCAACUGCUCGAAGCAAUUCUUUGGAGAAAACUGUGAAAAAGAUCCUUGUAAUCCAAAUCCUUGCAAAAAUAAUGCUAAAUGCAUAAUUAAUGGUACAAGUUACACUUGCGCAUGUAAUGGACAUUUUACAGGAGAUAGGUUCCAAGAAGCAAUACUUCCCAAAACUUGUGACAACAAUCCGUGUUUAAAUGGCGGAACGUGCCAAACUGCACAAAAUGGCUUCAACUGUACCUGCACUUCUGAAUACUUUGGAAAUAUCUGUGAAAAUAAAAAAUGCAUUUUUAACCAAUGUCAAAAUGGCGGGAUUUGCAUUAUCCACAACGACACCAAUAUUUGCAUUUGCCCGAUACCAUACACAGGAGAACGUUGUGUUGAAAGCCCGUGUGAUUUGGAUCCUUGCAAGAAUAAUGGCAUAUGUGAAAUAAAAGGACAGGAAGUUACGUGCCGAUGCAUAACACCAUAUAAUGGGAAAUACUGUGAAGAAGAUCCAUGCACGGAAUACCCCUGUGAAAAUAACGGAACUUGUUCUUUAGAUCAGAAAGGAAAUCGUAUAUGCAACUGCUCGGACCCAUUCUUUGGAGAAAACUGUGAAAAAGAUCCUUGUAAUCCAAAUCCUUGCAAAAAUAAUGCUAAAUGCAUAAUUAAUGGUACAAGUUACACUUGCGCAUGUAAUGGACAUUUUACAGGAGAUAGGUGCCAAGAAGCAAUACUUCCCAAAACUUGUGACAACAAUCCGUGUUUAAAUGGCGGAACGUGCCAAACUGCACAAAAUGGCUUCAACUGUACCUGCACUUCUGAAUACUUUGGAAAUAUCUGUGAAAAUAAAAAAUGCCUUUUUAACCAAUGUGAAAAUGGCGGGACUUGCGUUCUCCAGAACGACACCAAUAAGUGCAUUUGCCCAAAACCAUACACAGGAGAACGUUGCGAUGAAAGCCCUUGUGAUUUGAAUCCUUGCAAGAAUAAUGGCAUAUGUCAAAUAAAAGGACAAGAAGUUACAUGCCAGUGUAUAACACCAUAUAAUGGGAAGUACUGCGAUGAAGGCCCUUGUGUUUUGCAUCCUUGCAAGAAUAAUGGCAUAUGUGAAAUAAAAGAACAAGAAGUUACAUGCCGGUGUAAAGCACCAUAUAAUGGGAAGUACUGCGAAGAAGUAAAAACGAGUUCGUUGAAAGUAACUGAUUCGCCGGUAACUUUAAACGAUGUAGGCACGUAUGACACAGAUGAAACUUUUAGUGAAAUACAGCCGAUAGAUGUAGAGGUAACUUCAGAUCGUUCGACCAAGGAUGGAAACGAAGACACCUGCGAACCCAAUCCUUGCAAUAAUGGCGGUACCUGUUCAUUGGAUGGUUCUAAAGGAUUCAGGUGCAUAUGCAUGGCAGGAUACUAUGGAAGCUGCUGUGAAGAAUAUCUUUGUUCACCAAAUCCGUGUCAGAAUAAUGAAACAUGUAGUAUUAUUGGACAGGAUGAUUAUGAAUGCGCCUGUAAAUCUUCAUAUUUUGGAAAAAACUGUGAAACAAAGCUUGAUCCAGGAACGGAAGCAACAACUGAAGAUAUGUCUUCUAGAAAAUUUUCUACAACAGAGAAUAUGACAGUAGAAACUACUUCAGUUCAAGUUCCUACUUCAACAAUUCAGAUAAGAACUGAAGAAACUACCAAAGGUACAACUACCUCAAAAGAAGAUGUAACCAAUAAAACGUUCACAGCGAAAGACCCAACUACACAAGCAGACGACACAACUGCUGAAACUAUUUCAACCGUAGAUUUUACUACAAAAACAGACGAUGCGACUGCUGAAACUAUUCCAUCCAAAGAUUCUAUUACACAUGCAAACGACACGACUUCUGACAUUAUUCCAACCAAAGAUUCUACUACACAAGCCGACGGCACGACUGCGGAAACUGUUCCAACAGAAGAUUAUACUACACAAGCCGAUGACACGACUGCGGAUACUAUUCCAACAAAAGAUUAUACUACACAAGCCGAUGACACGACUGCGGAUACUAUUCCAACAAAAGAUUAUACUACAAAAGCCGAUGACACGACUGCGGAUACUAUUCCAACAAAAGAUUAUACUACACAAGCCGAUGACACGACUGCGGAUACUAUUCCAACAAAAGAUUAUACUACACAAGCCGAUGACACGACUGCGGAUACUAUUCCAACAAAAGAUUCUACUACACCAGCAGACGAAACGACUGCUGAAACUAUUCCAACCGAAGAUUCUACUACACAAGCCGAUGACACGACUGCGGAUAUUAUUCCAACAAAAGAUUUUACGACACAAGCCGACGACACGACUGCGGAUACUAUUCCAACCGAAGAUCCUACUACGUCGAUACAGGAAGUGACUACUAAAUCGUUCUCGGCUGAAGAUCUUACUACCAGAUCAGAGGAAAUGACUACUAUAACUAUUACAAACAAAAACUUUACUGCAAUUACUGGAAGUAUCAACGAUGAAACUGUUACACGCGAAAACAUUUUCAGCAAUGAAAGAGAUUCUCAUAAAAUCACCAUGUACUCUGGAGGAGCAGCUGGUGUGAUUCUUGUACUGUUGACAGUAACUGGUGGAGUCGCCUUUUUUUAUACGAGGAGGAAAAGGCAAAGAAGACAAAAUACUUUUCGAAGUAAUGAUUCAUCAAGCGUCGGCAGCGCAGAGAGCGCUGACAGCACUAGUUAUCUAGCUUAGUGCCAAGGCAAGUUUUGCACCAUCGUGCAAUACUUUGCAUCUCAAUUUCAAGUGGCCAGUAUAGUGAAGAAAAAUAAGAAAAUAACAGAAACAUACUUUAAAUCAGCGCAUUUGUACAUUUAUAUCAUAAUGAUAUUUUUCUUUCAUUUUGACCUCGCAAGUUUUUCUAUAUAUCAUUGUUUAACAUUAUAACAAAUUCAGAAUCAUACUAAAUCAUCUUACAUUAAAUUAUUAUCAUCGUAUAUGUAGUUAAAGAAUUCUUUAUUUCGUAGUUUAUAAUUUUGAAAAAUGCAUAUAUUUUAGACACAUUAUUAUUUAACUGAAAUUGUUUCAUUUGAGUAAGGUUAGAAUUUUAUGAUCAAUUUUUCAUCUCCUUCUUGAUGUACUAGAAUUUUGAAAUUUUUUUCAUUUGUAUAUAAUUGAUGAUAACGCACUAUUUUUAAUAUUUUCAAUCCUUAACUGCAAUAGAUUAAUUUUUAAAAUUUAGGAAUUUUUAACCUGCAUCGUUACGUCCCCUUAAAACAAAAGUGGUUAUUCUACCCGUAUUUGAAAUGCUUCGUCCCAUUUUCACUGAAAAGAAAUCCACUUGAAACACAAAUUGGUCAUAUAUAUUAAUCAAUAAUAGCGACGAAACCAAAAUAAAUCAUUAAUGCUUCCAAAAGAUUUAAGUAGAAGCAUUAGAUUUCCAAAAACUUAAAAGUAAUUAAAAUUUGAAUUCUUAUCAGUGACACCAUCUGGUUUGAAUUUGAAAAAAAAAAAAAGGUUUUCAAAAUCAUAAUAUCUAUAAUAAUUCAUUAUAAACAAAAUGCUUAAAAAAAAAUUUUAAAAGAAUAAAAUGAAAAAUUUCUAAAUUUUUAGUACAUUAAUAAAAAUGAAUUUUUAAAAAUUUUUAUUAUUUUAAGUAUGAUUACUUAAUCAUGUAGAGCUUCUGAUUGUAAAUUCCUCUCCCAUUGUUUAAAUAUAAAAAUCUAACAUUUUCAUUUUUAUGUCAUUAAUAUCGUAUCACUUUCAAGAAAGCAGCUUUCAUGCAAUAGUUAUUUAUAAGAAAAUUGAAUUAAAAAAAGUGACAAUUAAUCGUAUAAGAAGAACAUAUUUCAAUCAAAGUCCAAUAACUGUUUUGGGGUGAUUUAAACGAUCAAAUUCUAUCGUGAUAAAAAAAUGGCUUCGAUAGCAAUGACAAAUAUCGGCACCUUAGUAUGAAUUAUCUAUAUAAAUAAAAUCGAAUUAUACCCUUUGAUAACAUAUAAUCUGUCUUCAAUAUAUUUGCAUUUAAAAAUUUCCAUUUGUUCUGCAACACUCCUCAGAAAACAGACUUUAUUUUUUAAAAAUAAAUCAGCAAUAUUAAUGGCAUUGCAUGAUCUUUCAAUGGAAUGCAAUUGUGUCUUAAAUGUCAUCUACUGAUUCAUCCACCAGUCGCUUUAACUCAUAUUGGCUCUGAAUUAACUGAAAACCAUAAAUCGAAGGCUAGUUAUUAGUUGAGUAUCAAUUUUGUUAUUCGUAUGACGUCAAAAACAACCAACUAUAUAAUAACCGUCGAUCAUAUAGUUACAGUCAAAGAAGACUCCAAGUCGAUUAGGCUACUGUGGAUAAGAUUGUUCUUAAUUUUUCUUUAAUGAAGGAUAGUAUAUGAUCUUGUGCUGAUAACGAGCGUGAUGAUAUUGUGGAUGAGACGGUAUAUCUUUCAAAUAAUGUUUAGAAUGACUUUAAUGAAUUUGGCAGCCAGACAGAUGAAGUUAUAUUAAGAAACCUGAUAUUAAGAAACAGUGUCGGAGACUUUGAGAUAUUGAUAGAAAAUCUGAAACAGAAAAUGAUGUAUUUCUUGACACAACGCAGUUCUGAAACAAUAAUCCACUAAAAAGAAAAGUAACACAAUUUUUUCGUGAAACAGAAGUUUAUCAAUUUUUGACUUUAUUAAUUCACUUCUGUUUUAUAUUUUCUUUCAAAGAGAAGCCAAAUUAUUAAAAUAUUGGUAAUAUUUACUUUUUUUAAAAAAAAUUGCAGUGUAUUUUGAAAAUUUUAUCCUUAAUAUAUAGACAGUUAUCUUAUGAAAAAUUGUUUCCUCUUAUACUUUUCCUAUUAUCCACCAGCUACAAUUCCUAUGCAAUUGGAUAAAGAGACUCUUUUGCAAAACCAUUUUCCGUCUUGAUGGUAAAAGAGAUUGUGAAAUAUUUUAUUGGCAAAACUGCGUAAUGAAAUGUUGUCUAAAAAGGUGUGCUUUAUAUACAUAAAAUAAACUUUAACGUAUUUCUCAUGGCACAUUUUCCACUUAUUUAUUCAUUUCAUCUGUGUGACAAAAAAUGCUGUCUAUCAAGGGAGAUUUGAUGUAUUCUUUGUGUUUUCAAUAACAAAUUCUUCAUACAUUUUGUCUGUCCACGAAAGGUCGUUGUCUAUCAAAAAAAAGUUAAAUAGAUUAAAAUGCAAAAGAUCAGUUGGAGUGACUUUAAUAAAUAAUCAUUCAUAAACGAAUGAAGUGAGGCAGAUUUUAGCUCAGGAUUAAUGGAAAUGAAACAUAAUUUUUUGAAAUCAAAAUUUAUUGAUUGCUCAGUUUGUAAUCUAAACGACCAGAUGGCUCUGAUAUCGUCGGAAAAUACGUGAUAUUAAAUUAGUAUGUCCAACAAUCAAUUCGAAAUAAAGUUAGUUAAAAAUGUAGUAUUAAUAAAAUAACCUAUUAAAAACAUUAUAAUUACUAGAAACAAAUUUGUGCUUUAAUAAUAAUAUCUAGAAACAUUAGAAUUGGUGAAAAAAAUAUGACAACUAAUGGGAAUUAAAUAAAAAAAGUACAGGUAAAAAUAAAUCCAGUCUGAAAAUUUUUUCAAGAAUUAAUUUUUUAAUAAAAGUCAGGCCAUCUAAGAAAAAAUUUCUAGUUUGAAUCUUGACCAGGAGGCGAUCCUUUCCUAGAUUCACUUUGAUUUUUUGUUAAUUCACGUUAAUUUUCAAAUUUUUCCGAAUCCUGAUAUUUAUGACAUUCAAUGAGACAUAAAUCGAAAUAAAGGUUUACAAAUGUGCAAUGCGUCGUUCUCCAUUCAAAAAGCUCAGAAAAAAGAAUAAUUUUCACAGCAUUGAGAAAUACUCAUGCUCUCUCGACAUACCAUCAGAAAUAGUAUAUAAUGCUAUGAACUACAAUUUUUUGCAGCACUGAGCAACAUUUCUGUUGAUCAUGCUUUGCUGUACCAUCAAAAAUAAUGCAUUAUACCAUGAACCAUAAUUUUUCGCAGCAUCAUUCCUGUUUCUUUUGUUUGCCAUAUCAUCAGAAAUGGUGCUCAUUUCUAUAAAAAAAAGUUGGUCCUUCGUUUCAUAAGUGAGCUGUUGAAUUGUUGGCGACACACCGAAUAUUUUGAAGUUUUUAUUGUGACCAGAAUCUUACCCUGAGUAACUCAAAAUCAAAAAAAUGUUAGAGCAAUCUGACGGUUUUAAACAAGAAAUUUCGUUUUCAAUACUGGUUUUUAAAAACCAUUUUUGUUCUCAUACGAUGUUUUUUUAUCUUCAUUUAUUCAUGGGUGAAUGAUUUUCAAAUUUCUCCGGAACAUUCAAAUUACUUAGGCAGUUAUCAAGUAAAUGAGUAUGUAAAUUGUAUAAAUAUAUUUUUAUUUUGUUGUAAUUUGUCUUGUAGGUUUCUUCUAUUUCUGUGAUUUAUAGACUUUCAUAUUAGAAUUUCUAAAAACUUUCUUCUGUAAUUUUUUUUAUGUAGAUCAUAAAUUCAGUAUUUUAUGUUUUUAAGCAUGACGAAUUUUCUAAAUAGAGCUAGAAUUUAUGAAUAACUCUUAUAAUCAGUUGUUCUAAUAUUUAUCCAAGGUUUAUUAGCUAACCAUAUUAGAAUUUCCACUUUUACUUUUCUCUGUUAUUCAUAUACUAUUUAUAUAAUUUUUAUAAAA